AUGGCUAUUCGAAGAUUACAACAAGAUUUUCGACAAUUACUAAAAAAUAAAGUGGAAGGUAUCAAUGCUAGUCCAUCAUCUGACAAUUUUUUUGUAUGGAAUGCUAUUAUUUGUGGACCUGAAGAGAGUGUUUAUGAAUCUGGUGCAUUUCAACUUCAACUAACUUUUCCAGACGAUUAUCCACAUCGACCACCACAAGUUCGUUUCAUAACCAAAGUUUUUCAUCCAAAUGUUUGGUGGGAAGAUGGACUUAUUUGCGUUGAUAUAUUGAAAGAUGGUUGGACACCAUCUUAUGAUGUUUUGUCGAUACUUCAUUCAAUUCGUUUACUUCUUAUUGACCCAAAUCCACUGAGUCCAGCAAAUUUAGAAGCUGCUUUACUUUAUCGAGAUAAUCGAAUUGAAUUCAAUCGACGUGUUUCACAACUGAUUCAAGAUUCGCUCGAUGCAGCUGAUGAUGAUGAUGAAAAUGAUGAUGAUGAUGAUGAUGAUAAUAAUGAUGCAAAUGAUGAUAAUAAUGAUGAUAGUGUCAAUGAUAAUGAUAGUGAGGAUGCUGCUCAAAUUGAAGAUGGUGAGACACUUCGUCAAAAAACGACAAUUCUACGUCAAAGUAUUACUGAAUGA